UGAAAAAGAUGACUCUACAAUGCUUACACCAGGAGGAGAUUAUUCUACAAAUAAGGGCCCAGCAUGACAUUUAUGAGAAAGCCAGGGUCCUCCUGCGCAAAGCUGAUUGGUGCUCAGCCAGUGGGCUCUAGGAUGCGCCAAUAAAAGCUGCUUACUGCCCUGGGCUGGACAGACGCAGGGCAGGGGGUCAUCUCUGCCUCUGGACCCUGGGAAAAUGGUCACCGCCUCUCUGAACAGCACACAUCUGUGGCCUGCAAAGAGAAGUCAGACCUUGAAGAUGAAACAUCUGCUUCCCCAGUUCCCUUCCAUCCUGGCCAUCUACUGCUUCUGUAUGCUGCAGAUUCCCUCCCCAGGAGUUUCUCAACCCUUAGCUGAUUCUCCAGAUGGCUUAGAUGUUGUGGAGCUUGAGCGACUGGUAUACUGUCUGAACCAGUGGGAAACACUUUCUAGCCAACCUAAGGAAAACCAGGAUAUAUACAAAAGGUUUUUAUUUCACUACUCCAGAACACAGAAGCCAAGGCAUCCAGUUAACCCUGAGUUUGCACCCGUGCAUCCCUUGAUGCGUCUGGCUGCCAAGCUGGCCAGCAGAAGGAUGAAAAGAUGGCCGCCUCCAGACUCCAGGACUGCUGCUGUGGACUUCCCUAAGAAGGCAUGUGAACCUUGUGAGAACACUGAUUUCCAGAAAGCUCUAGAAAGGACAGGGAAGUGCCUAGAACCUGCAACUUUCCCAGUCUCAUUUGGAUAG